GUUCGUGGGUCAUGUUCAGAACCUUCCGCCAGUGGUAGAAGUUGGGAUUGGGCAAUAGCCAACGCCUGUGAAGUUGGAUUGGAUGAGGAAGAAAUACUUAUUUGUAUUUUGCAAAAGUGUGUUCAAUAGGAAGAUCAAUAAAAAUGUAUCGGAAUAUCGCCUUGUUUGCUGCUGCUUUUCUGAACUAUGUGGUUUCGAUCUCAACGGUGAAUUAUACGUGCACUGUGAACUCAGACGGAUUUUGCAUCUUUCAAGGAGUUCGAAUCAACAGUUUGGAUGAAGCGAGUAAUGUUCAACUGAUAGCCCCAGACAACGAGACAACGAAAAUUAAGUUUCGAGAAUCAGCAAUGAUUGUAUUGCCGGACAAUAUCUACAGCACGUUCCCAAAACUGCAGGAACUCCGUGUUUGGUGGCAAAAUCUGCACAGUAUUUAUAUCCCUCCGAAUUUGCUGCAUCUGGAUGCCGAGCGAAAUCGUAUUAAUACAAUCAGCUACGACACAAAUUCCGUUCCUAUGUUACGAAAGCUGGAGUUGGGUCAUAAUAGGCUAAAAGCCAUUGAAAAUGUUUCAUUUUUUGAAAAUCUCGAGAUUCUAGAUCUGUCCCAUAAUGAUCUGCGAUCAAUCGAUCUAUGCUUAUUCCAGCGAAUGAAAAAUCUGCGCAUAUUGGACUUGUCGGUUAACAAUAUGGCAAUCGUAAAAAAUUCUAUGCAAGGAAAACUUGAAUAUAUGACGACUUUAUACCUGAAUGACAAUCGUUUAUCGUACUUGGAUAUCAACGUACUGAAACAGUUUCCAAAUCUGGAAACCUUGCAUCUCUUCAACAAUGGCUUAAUGUAUAUGGAGUUCGAAAACAUGCGCACCAUGUUCCCACGCAUCAACAUCGUUCACAUUUACGGUAACGACUGGAAUUGUGAAAAUCUUGCUGAAAUGAUUAUAUUCUUUCAAAAAAUAAACAUCAAAGAGUAUAAACUAUUCAACUCCCUCAAGUGCAAAGAAAAGAUGGUGGAUGGCAUAUGUUGUUCCGAGGGUAAAGCGUUAACUAUUCUGAAGAAGUCUAACUUGUACUUUUCCAACUACGUCAACGAAUUGAACCUGCACUCACAGCACAUAAUGCAGGAGAUGAAGCAGUCCAAACGGGAGAUCCAGAAGUUGAUCGAAACGGAAAAUAUGACCCAGGCGUCGCUGCGGGCAUUCAGCGACGACAUGAGCGCCAUCCGCAGUCGCAUCGAGAACAUAACCAUGAUGGCAGCGGACAAUUCCACGCCGGUCGUUCGUCAGAGGAAACACGAGAAGGUGGACAAAUUGGUUCAAGAAAUUUACAAAAUAAAACAGGACUAUCAGAGCUUGAGUCGGGAGAAUCAGCAGUUUCGACUGCAAAUCGAAAGCUAUGAAAAGAUGAAGUCCGAAAUGGACUCAAUACGAGUGUAUUCCGAGGAAAUGAAAACCAUUAUUCAGCAAUUAAAAGAAGAGAAUUCAAAUUUAAAAGGUGACUUAUAUCAGCUUCUGCAGGAGUUUCAUGAACUUAAGGCAAACCGGACGCAACAUAUGGCGUGACAUAAAACAGAACACGCUAAUGAGAAUGUUAAUGAAUUUGGCAUUUUGACCAAAACGUAACGAAAUAAUGUCUGAUAAACUCAUAGAUUGAGUACUACAGACUAGUAGACGAUGUAGUUUAUUAUAUUUGCUGGACAAAACAUGUUAUCUGAAAGUAGGGUUAGAUUUAGUGAAGUCGAUCUUUGCUAACUGCUAGGGACUUAUAUUUGUACUGAAGAAAGCUAUUGUCUGUGACAAUAUGCUCAACUGCUCUCGCGUAAAAUUACUAAGGUUGGAAAUUCCGACCGCGAUUUUAGAUAAUAUUGCAUCGAUGGACAGCUCAAUGGGUGCAGAUAGCAGUGAACGUGUCUUUCGACGUUUCUAUGAUUACAACUGCGUGUAGGCAGCGCAAAGUAAUAAUUUGGCGCACAUUAGAAUUUAGUGGGUGCAUCCUAGCUGAAUAAACCUCUGGUCAUUUUCAUUGCGGUAGGUAGUUAAGAACUAGUAAGUUAUUCAUACCAUUACAUCAGCUAGAUGAAGGUCCAAAGAUUUCACAAGUGUUUUAUUUAUUUAAUGCAUAAAAAUUAUAUCUCACGUUUUGAAACAGAAAUUGACACUGUUUUAGUCAUCCAUUAUCACAUCACCUGUCAGUUACUUUGCGUGUAUACGUCAAAACACAUUACACAUCCGCAUGUGCUCAUCGUCUGAUCAGUGAUAACAGCAUAAUGAAUAGGCAAAAUGUGCAUCAUUCCUCAGUGGAUUUGUAAGCAAUGUUCAAACGUCACGAAAUGUACCAGUCGUAUGAAGAAAAGAUGGGGUUUAAUUCGUUGCAAACAGUCAGCAGUCCUUUUUCCGUCAUUUGGAGCAAAUACUCGUCACCCACUAACACAACCAAUUCUCUGACAAGGAAGCCUUUACUUAUAGCUAAGUGAUUUCAGAAAAGAAAUUUCAACUUUCACUCUCACGUCAACUCAGCCAUGGGAUUGAUAAUACUUUCUGAGAAUGAAUUAGAAUUUUUUGUACAGUUUUUUGUUUGUUUCAUUUGAUUUUUUACGAGUCUCGUUAUGUUUCGGUAGUUUAGGAUUGAAAAACAACAGUCACACCCUUUUCGAAUGCCAAUCAAUAUAAAAUUCUAGAAAACAAAACACAGACAAUGGCCCAAAGCAAAUUUUUAUACGUAGCAAGUUUCAUAGGAUCUGCAAGAAUAAUAAACAGCACCCUGUCGUUGAGUUGAUGUUAAAAUCAUUUGGCAAAUGCAGUCAAUUCAUAUUUGUUAUCAUACAAAAAUAGCAUAAAUUUAAAUUAUU